GCAAAGAUGCCGUGGAGCAGCCAACGCUCUUUUCAGUCUGCUCUAUUCGUUGGCUGCGUGCGGUUUCAGUUCUCGUCGUACUUGGCAACAUUCGACGGAUUUUUGUGGCGCGAAAUAUUGUAUUUGCUUUUGAGAAGGCAGCUUCUUGAGAUUUGACAGCUGCAAGCAUGGAAACGGAGUCGCUCAAUCGCAAGAACUCCUCACGCAAGAGCUCCAUUGUGAAUGGCAAUGGAGAUGCAUCCGCCAAGCUGACAAAUGGCGACGAUGGUGCAGGGGAUGGAGGUGCUGGUGGCGGCGAGGUGACACUCAAAGCCAAAAUGAGCUUAUUGAAUGGCUGCACCGUCAUUGUGGGCUCAAUCAUUGGCUCCGGCAUCUUUGUCUCGCCCACGGGUGUGCUGAUGUACACGGGCAGCGUUAAUUUGGCGUUGAUUGUGUGGGUCAUAUCCGGACUCUUCUCAAUGGUGGGCGCCUACUGUUACGCCGAGCUGGGCACCAUGAUAACCAAAUCUGGAGCUGAUUAUGCGUACAUUAUGGAAACGUUUGGACCUUUCAUGGCGUUCAUACGACUGUGGAUCGAGUGCAUGAUUGUGCGUCCCUGCUCGCAGGCCAUUGUGGCUCUAACAUUUAGCACCUACGUUCUCAAGCCCUUCUUUCCGGAAUGCACACCACCCGAGGAUGCAUCUCGACUGCUCGCCGUUUGCUGCAUACUGGUGCUAACAUUAAUCAAUUGCUGGGACGUUAAAUGGGCCACCGCUGUGCAGGAUAUUUUUACAUAUGCAAAACUGUUCGCCCUGUUUAUUAUUAUUGCCACGGGCAUGUACCAGCUAUAUAUGGGCAAUGUGAAGUACUUUACGUUCGAUAAUAGCGACACGCGGGUUACAUCCUUGGCAUUGUCCUUCUACUCGGGCCUGUUCGCGUACAAUGGCUGGAAUUACUUGAACUUUAUCAUUGAGGAGCUGAAGGAUCCCGUCAAAAAUCUGCCGCGUGCCAUUGCCAUCAGCUGCACGCUUGUCACCGUUGUCUAUGUCAUGGCCAAUGUAUCCUUCUACUCAAUUCUCUCGCCGGAGGAGGUAUUAGGUUCCUCAGCUGUGGCUGUUACCUAUGCGGAGCGAGCCUUUGGCAUGCUGGCCUGGACCAUACCAGUAUUUGUGGCACUGUCCACAUUUGGGGCCGUCAAUGGCAUUUUGCUCACCUCCUCGCGCCUGUUCUACGCUGGCGCCAACGAGGGUCAGAUGCCAGAGAUUUUAACCAUGAUUCAAAUUCAACGAUUUACACCCACGCCCGCUGUGCUGGCCAUGGCUCUGUUGUCCAUGCUGUACCUCACGGUAUCCGACAUAUUUGCGCUUAUCAACUAUGUGGGCUUUGCGACUUGGUUGAGCAUUGGCGUUGCGGUUCUCUGCCUACCCUGGCUGCGCUGGGCUCAGCCCAAUUUGCCACGCCCCAUUCGCGUGCCCUUGGUAUUCCCCGUUGUAUAUCUGAUUGCCACCAUAUUCGUUACUGUUGUGCCCAUGUAUGCCAGUCCCGUGGAGACGGGCUAUGGCAUACUCAUGAUACUGUCCAGCAUUCCCGUCUAUUUGGUAUUCAUUGCCUGGAAGAAUAAGCCGAUUUGGUUCCAGAAAUCCAUGGGCGGACUUACACAAGUACUACAGAAACUGAUGAUGGUUGUGCGUCCCAAAGCGGCGUCAAAGUAGGCCUCACACACUUCCUACAAAAGCUGCUCAUGGUACUCGGCAAGCAAAAGAAACCAGCUCAGGUGUAGAGAUUAGUGGAUGGAUAAUAGCGGUUCAUCUGUUGCCAGAGACUACUCAGAAAUUAUUAAGCACGUGGAUAUAUCAUGUUAGCCAACAGCAAAUGAUAGCAUUUAAUAUUUAAAAUUGCAUAAACAAAUUUCAAAAAUGAAAGCAAGCUUUUGUGUAUACACUAAAUUCCAGAACUUGGCGCGAUUUGAACGACGACAAUUUGCAAACUUAAAGCGCGCCCAGCUCAGCAAUAAAACUACGAAUAGAUAUAUUUUUAUAUAUGUUUUAAGUUAAAACUAAGCCCAGUGCAGCAUGUUUCAUUUUUUCAGCUCACAAUUUUUAACUAACACAAAGCUUUGGACUCUAUUUUCAAAGACUGUGGAAAACAAAUGGAAAUUACAAGGGAAAGCAAAACAGAAGUUGUCCAAAGCUUAAUGUUACUUGAAAUUUACAGAUAAGAGUACAACAAAUCUCUAUAAACAAUAUAUUCACAGUCGGUUGAAGAGCUCAAAAACUACAAAACGGCAUAAACAACCCUCUGUAAAUAUAUAUAAAUGUAAUACUCUUGCAGAUACGUACAUAUAUCUUAUGUAGAAAACCGUUUUAAUAGCCAACAAAUAAUUUGCAUCAUAAAAAAAGCAAUAAGAGUUAUCAAUGUUUUCUUGGCAGCGCUUUUUAAAAAUGUUAAUUAAAAUAUAGUUUAGAAAUUAGUACGACAUACUCAGAAACAUAUAAAAGCAU